CUGUUUCUGCUCUUGAUGGGUGUGACGCCAACCUGACAAGCCUGUCCAUCGGCCAGUGUGGCUGAAUUAAUCUCACACAUACACACAUACUGCUCCAGAAGAGCAUUACAAGUGUCCUCUCUGUGGUUUUGGAGCUUGGCUUGUGGCCGAUUUGAAGAUGCCCUACAGUGUGACUGUGCCGAGUGGCUCUGGGCAGGCGACCCUAGUGGAGAGCACGCAGGCGGACGGGAAGACGUUUGAACAGCUCCGGCUGGAGUGUUUACAGAAGGGAAAGUUGUUUGAGGAUCCAGAUUUCCCUGCUGUGGAAGCCUCGCUGUUCUACAGCCAGAGGGUCCCAGUUAACUUUGAAUGGAAGAGGCCAGCGGAAAUCUGCAAAGACCCAAAAUUCAUCACAGGAGGAGCCACCAGGACAGACAUCUGUCAGGGGCAGCUGGGAGACUGCUGGCUGUUGGCAGCGAUCGCCUCCCUGACCCUCCAUGAGGACACACUGAAGAGGGUCGUACCACAUGACCAGGGCUUUGAUCGCGGCUAUGCCGGUAUCUUCCAUUUCCAGUUCUGGCAGCAUAAUAAAUGGAUGGAUGUGGUGGUGGACGACAGACUCCCAUGUGUGAGGAACAACCUGGUGUUCGUCCACUCCGCAGACCAAACUGAGUUCUGGAGUGCGCUUCUGGAGAAGGCCUAUGCCAAACUGAACGGCAGCUAUGAAGCCCUGAAAGGUGGCAGCACCAUGGAGGCGAUGGAGGACUUCACCGGCGGCGUGGGGGAGAUGUACGAGACAAAGAACGCACCCAGCAACCUCUUCGUCAUCCUCAAGAAAGCUGUGGAGAGAGGGUCCAUGCUUGGCUGCUCCAUUGAUAUCACAAGUUCAGCUGAAUCCGAAGCCCAAACCACUACUGGUCUGGUUAAAGGCCAUGCUUACUCCAUCACUGGAGUGCAAGAGGUCAACUACAGAGGAGCGAAGGUCCAGCUAAUUCGUAUCCGUAACCCCUGGGGUCAGGUGGAGUGGAACGGGCCCUGGAGUGACAACUCUAGGGAAUGGAACGCCAUUGACAGUGCAGAGAAGAAUCGAUUGCUGCACAACUCCCUGGAUGACGGAGAGUUCUGGAUGGAGUUUGGGGACUUCAAAUCCAACUACGAUAAGAUCGAGAUCUGUAACCUGACUGCAGACUCUCUAUCAGAUGACAUGACGAAGAAGUGGGAAGUGAACCUGUUUGAGGGCAACUGGAUCAGGGGCUCCACUGCUGGCGGCUGCAGGAACUACAUCGACACAUUCUGGACAAACCCGCAGUUUAAGCUUCGUCUGAAGGAUCCGGAUGAUGGUGAUAAGCUGUGUAGCGUCAUUGUGGCCCUGAUGCAGAAGAACCGCCGUCGACUCAGGAAGGAGGGGCUUGACAUGGAAACCAUCGGCUUUGCCCUUUACGAGGCUCCUGAUGAUCAAGACCACCAGGGGAAGGACUUUUUCCGCUACAAUGGCUCUAAAGCGCGGAGCCGUUCUUACAUCAACAUGAGGGAGGUGUCCGAGCGCUUCAGACUGCCGCCAGGAAAUUACCUGCUGGUGCCCACCACCUUCCAGCCGCAUAAUGAGGCGGACUUCCUAAUCCGGAUCUUCUCAGAGAAGAAAGCAGGAGCUAUCGAGAUGGGAAGCACCAUUCAAGCAGAUUUGCCAGAACCACCGAAGCCAAACCCACCUGAGGAAGAGACAGACGAGGAGAAGGGCCUGAGGAGACUUUUUGAACAGAUCGCCGGAUCGGAUAAAGCCAUCAGCGCCAGAGAACUGCAGCACGUGCUGAACAAUGUUCUGAGCAGAAGGAAAGAGGUGAAGUUUGAUGGUUUGACCCUCAAUACCUGCCACAGUAUCAUAAACCUGAUGGAUGUGGAUGGCUCAGGAAUGCUGGAAUUCGAGGAGUUCAAAGUCUUCUGGGAUAAGCUGAAGAAAUGGAUCAUGCUGUUCCUGUCUUUCGAUACGGAUCGUUCAGGACGCAUGUCUUCCUACGAGCUCCGCAGUGCUCUUAACGCCGCAGGGAUGCAGCUGAACAAUAAGAUUUUGCAGUUGCUGGGUCUGCGGUUCGCAGACGAGAACUUUGACAUCGAUUUUGAUGAUUACCUGACGUGCAUCGUGCGUCUGGAGAACAUGUUCCGAGUUUUCCAGGCCUUUGAUAGCAAAAAGAAAGGAGAGAUCAGUCUGAACAUGCAACAGUUCCUGAUGUUGUCCAUGAACAUCUGAGGAUUCAACCAAAUUCAGCAAGAACAAUAUGAUGGAUGGAGUCAGCGGUGCUACUGUGCAUUUUCACUGUUAUUCUGAACAGAUCUACACACACACACACACACACACACACACACACUACUGACUAUGGAUUCAUGUGAAAGUUUUACUCUGAUUUUUUUUUGUGAACAAUGUCGUGUCCUUGUUGGCACGUUUACUGUUAUUUUUCUGCGAUUUGAGGCAUAUUCACUCUUUAUGGAUUUUGCAAGAAAUUGUGAUAUUUGCAAGAUGUUGUAUUCUUCACAGAGCUGCUAAACCACCAAGUUUUCAUCUUGAAAGGUGCAUGCAUAAAUGAACAAAAUCAGGAAUAUAAAUGAAUAAAAAUUACAAUAAAUUA